GCCGCCUAUUGGAUGCGGUAUGAACGCAACUUCGAACGCAGUUUCGCCGUUCGAAAUUUAAACUUGGAAUGUUUCUCAGAAAGAUUAUCUUAAUUAUAAAAAAUAUAUGUUCGUAAUUUAAAUAUGAAAUGAGCUGUCUUUAGUGUUAGUGUUGUGUAAGUUUGAAAACUUUUAUCGAUAGUUUAUUUAACAGUAAUUAAGUUAAUAUUAAUAUGUAAGGAUAAUUAUAGCUGAAGGUGUAUUUAUGAUUUAUGAUGCAGACGCGUCGGCACGGAAAAUUUUAAUAGCCCAUCGUUGACAGCGAUCAGGAUCACAGCCAUGACAGUCAACGUUUCGGCUCUAGAGGAGAAUUCCACUGACAGUGAAUAUACUCCAUACGAAGACCGCUUGGAGACUUACCUGGUGCCAGUCCUGUUUGCCAUCAUCUUCAUAGUGGGUGUGCUAGGAAACGGUACCUUAGUCAUCGUGUACGUGAGACACAGGGGAAUGAGAAAUGCUCCUAACACGUACAUCUUCUCACUGGCAUUGGCAGAUCUUCUUGUCAUCCUGAUCUGUGUACCAUUUGUAUCCAUAAUCUACACCCUGGAAUCCUGGCCCUGGGGGGAGCUCAUCUGCAGGAUAUCAGAAGCCGCCAAAGACGUCAGCAUCGGGGUAUCAGUGUUCACUUUGACAGCUCUAUCAGCUGAAAGAUACUGCGCCAUCGUGAAUCCUUUUAGGAAAUUGCAGCUCCGCAAACUGCCGCUCGUAUGCGCCACGUUCAUAUGGGGCGCGGCUCUUAUCUUCGCCACGCCGGCGGCUGUCUUCUCCAACACAGCCACGGCUCAGCUACAGGACAACAUCACUAUUGUUUACUGCACACCGUACCCGCCCGGCUGGGAGAAUUAUCCUAAGUGGAUGGCCCUAGCAAAAGCUAUUAUAUACUACGGUUUGCCGCUUCUAGUAAUCGCAUCGUUCUAUACCCUGAUGGCUCAGCGGUUAUUGGCUAGCACCAAAGAGAUGCCCGGUGCUUUCCAUGGGGGUCAGGGCGAGGCGCAGGCCAAAGCCAGAAAAUCUGUGGCCUGUAUGGUACUUAUAUUUGUUAUUGUGUUUUUCAUUUGCUUCUUGCCGUACCACGUUUUUGAAAUGUGGUACCAUCUGUCACCCACUGCUCAAACUGACUACAACGACUGGACACAUGCUUUGAGAAUCAUCGGUUUCUGCCUCAGUUUCCUAAAUUCCUGCGUGAAUCCUGUCGCCCUAUACUGCGUCAGUGGGGUCUUCCGCCAGCACUUCAACAGGUACCUGUGCUGCAGACGAGGCACCCUCCAUCCCACGUGCAGCUCUCGACUGUCCAGGACUGCCAUCUGUGAGACUUCCUUCAGGAGCACUCAUAGACACCGUUGCAACAGGAACCCUACAGAAAGCGUAGUGAUAUCCAACUACGACUACGGAAGUACUAAGAAGAAGAGCAACCUUAUCAACAGGAAUAGUGUAGAUGGAGUCACUAUCAUGACAAUUAGGGACACUAACGAUUUUCUCAACGACGUAGACGAGAAAUGUAUCAAUAGAUAGACAUAUGGGAUUUGGAACGAGAAAAGACAAUCCAAUUUUUGCAAUUGGAAGCUUUAAUUGUUUUUCAUUUAUAAUUGGAUUAAUUUGUGUAAACUUGAUUGAUGUUUAAAUUUACAGACCGAAUGUAUGGAGGAUAUGUAUAGCUUCGAAAUGUUCUUAAGAAAUUAGCGUUAGUUCUUUAAUAUCAUUAUAAUCUACCGCCAAUCAAAGCAAAUUAAAAUCAUUUGGUUAAGCGUGUUGAUGACAUCUGAUUGCUGAAUUUAUGUGAACAGAAUAUAAAAAAUACCACUGAGCAUCAAUACACUGCGUAUUGGCGCAUGGCUAUGUAUGUAGGUAUCUGUACAAAAUUAAAAAAAUAAAUAAAGUCAUAUAAGUAUUCCUAAAUUAUGAUUGAAUCGAAACACAGUUUUCUAACUUAAAUGAAAGUCUUAAUAAAAGCAACCGCUCUUCCACUUUGAGCCACCAGUAAUAUUCUGGAUUUUAAGAAAUGAUUUUUAAAUAAUUUGAAUUUUACAAUGUAAUUAGUAUGUAUCUAUAUUUUUUUAUGCUAAUAACACAAAUAGCUCGACCAAUAUAAAAAAAUAUUUAUUUAUUUCUGAUAACAAUUUAAAGAUUAAACGAAAAAUAUGACGGAUUUUAAUAACUUUAGUUCUAGUAUCACGUAGUAAGUAAAAAUUAAAUUAUAAGUUAGUUCAUUUCCUCAACGAUUGGAACAAAGUGGAAUAAUCCACUUUACUUUGAGUGAAGUUGAGAACUUGUACUUUAUAAUUCAAGUUAUUCGGUGCAGUUUGCGCCUUCAAUCUAAGUUUUAUUACAGGGAUCUCAGUAGAAAUCUGAAUGUAUUUAUUUUCAUAUUUAAGUCUAAGUGUAAAUAUAGGUUUGUCUUAAUAAAUUUAUGUAAGGGUUAUCCAUAUUAUGGGCAAAUAAUAAUAUGGUUUUAAAUGCACUUAUUCGCGUUUGGCUGUUUUGGUCUAGUAGGUAAUUCUUACCUACGCUCUACUGGCAACACCGAACUGGAGGAGAAGAGUAGGCUGGUUUUUACCGUUAUUUGGGAAAUAAUUUGUCAUAUUUCCCUUCUCUCUCUAUCUAUUUCUUCUUUGAUAUUUUUAUAGAGAUACAUAUGUCGAACUUCGUAGAUUGCUCCCUAAACCUGCAAAGCGACGACUAUUUAUAAACUUUUCUGUAUGUAACACCAGUGCGAGUGUCUGUUCUAUACCAGACCAUUAUUAAUCUGUGGUGAUUUUUAAAGGAAGAACUUGUUAAAUUCAAACUCGAUUACUGCCUAUGACAGGGUUUGUUUAAACUACCACCAGAUGGCGGGCGAGACGAACGGCGUUAGCGUGCCGUUUGAAGCAUGAAAUUGUCUUUCUUAUCGAAUAAUCUAGAAUUCACCCGGCAAUAUUUCAUCGAAAAUGGGAUGUACUAUAUGUAGGAUAGGAUACUAUGUAUUUGAGCGUACUAAUUCAAUUAUAGAAUUAUUUUUUAAGUUUUCUUUUAACGUUUGAUAAUUUA